AAGGCAUUGAGCUGCAGCUCACGUCCAAAGUGGUUUGAAGUCAAAAAUCUGAACACGAGGUAGAAACGAGUCACAUCCCAGACAAUCACUGGUAUGCCUGAUUAUCUAGAAAAGCGAAUUUAAGGGGGACCAUUCUACUACUCUUCUCAAAUCACCGUAAUGCGCUACUCUCAUCACCCCACUGAGAACCAUCAACACAGCUGGCUAGCCAAUCUUUAAAGAAUCAUCUUCCAGAGCGAGUGGAAACAGAGUGAGCUCUGUAGUUCUUUUCUUGACUACACAGCGGGUCACCGGAUGCCGGGCGACUGCAGAGGAGAGCAACAGUAUGAGAUGGGUGGGGACCCCUUUUGGACAAUCGGAGCCUUACAAGCGUGCCGCGAAAAGGCCCAACACCCUUUCCAAGAAGGACUGGUUCCGACAGAAAUACACGAAGAACCAAGACAUAAAUUCAUGAUUUCUUACUCCAAACGGGCGGCGACAGUGACUGGAACCCUUGCUCUCUCGGUGUUCACUGCUGUAUUGGGCUCCUUUCAGUUUGGAUACAAUAUCGGCGUCAUCAAUGCACCUCAGAAGAUCAUUGAGGCGGACUACAAUGCUACAUGGGUGCACCGGUAUGGAGAGCCCAUUCCCACCGCUACACUCACCACUCUGUGGUCACUGUCGGUAGCCAUCUUCUCUAUAGGAGGCAUGAUCUCUUCCUUCUGUGUGGGCGUCAUCUCAGAAUGGCUGGGCAGGAGGAAAGCCAUGCUCAUAAACAACUUGUUUGCCUUCAUCGGAGGAGGUUUGAUGGGCAUGGCCAAAAUCAGCCGGUCCUUUGAGAUGAUGAUCCUGGGACGCUUCGUCAUCGGUGCAUACUGUGGGUUGGCAUCAGGGCUAGUGCCCAUGUAUGUGGGGGAGAUAGCGCCUACAAGUCUACGAGGUGCUUUGGGCACGCUCCACCAGUUGGCGAUCGUCACAGGGAUUCUCAUAGCACAGGUCCUAGGUCUGGAGUCUUUGCUGGGCAGUGAGGAGUUGUGGCCAGUGCUGGUGGGUGUGACCGUUCUGCCCACUGUCCUGCAGAUGGCGCUGCUGCCCUUCUGCCCCGAGAGCCCUCGUUUUCUCUACAUCAUCCGCUGCCAGGAGCACCACGCCAAGAGCGGCUUGAGGAGGCUGACCGGGAGGCAGGAGGUGGGGGAUAUGCUGGCGGAGAUGAAGGAGGAGAAGAGGAGGAUGGACAUGGAGAGGAAGGUGUCCAUCGCAGAGCUCUUCCGCUCCCCCAUGUACCGGCAGCCCAUCAUCAUCGCCAUCCUGCUGCAGCUCUCACAACAGCUCUCUGGGGUCAACGCUAUCUUCUACUACUCCACCAGUAUUUUCCAGAAGGCAGGGGUCCAGAGCCCCGUCUACGCCACUAUAGGAGCUGGCGUGGUCAACUGUGCCUUCACUGUGGUCUCGCUCUUCCUGGUGGAGAGGACGGGCCGCCGGACACUACACAUGCUGGGGCUGUCCGGAAUGUGUGGCUGUGCCAUUGUCAUGACGAUAGCGCUCGCCUUAUUGGACAGUGUUCCCUGGAUGAGCUACAUCAGCAUGCUGGCCAUCUUUGGCUUCGUGGCCUUCUUUGAGGUGGGGCCUGGCCCCAUCCCCUGGUUCUUUGUGGCUGAGCUCUUCUCCCAAGGCCCCAGGCCCGCUGCGAUGGCCGUGGCCGGAUUCUCCAACUGGACGGCCAACUUCAUUAUUGGCUUUGGCUUCCAGUAUCUCGCUGAGCUUUGUGGGCCUUAUGUCUUCCUCAUCUUCGCAGUGCUCCUUCUCUUCUUCCUCAUCUUCACCUUCUUCCGGGUGCCGGAGACACGGGGCAAGACGUUCGACCAGAUCUCCACCUCCUUCAGCCAGCACCCGCCAGCCAUGAUGGACCUGGACAUGGAGUUGGGCAAGCGGAGUACAGAGCUGGACUACCUGGGGGGGGAGGGAAGCCUUGACUAAUGGGGUCCCCUGGGGGAACUGGGGAGGGCAAGCUGAGAAGGCCAGACAUACUCUUGGUUAUGCAGGGAAACUCAGAGGGCUACAACUGGGUACUGGGCUUGGGCCUGAUUCCAAACACAUCCUUUGAGUUGUAUCUAGGCAUAUCGAGCAGGGAGAGUAGGGUAGGGUUGGCGUGUGGGUCAAGGGAUAGGGAGGUGGAAUGGAUUUGGAACUGAGCCCGUAGUUAGGAAAUGGAGCUUGAGGGAGAUAUGUUGACAGGAACAGGUUGCUUGAGGAAAAGGCUGUGCAACAUUACAAAGCAUUGCACCAACUGAACAUACCCCAGAAAGGGUGGAGUGUGAGUGAUUUUUAUUACCAGAGCAACCCAUAAUGGGUGAUAGAGGGGAUGAUCAGGAACAAGGUUUCUGAACUUUAAGGCAUUACCCCCACCCGGGUGUACAUAUGCUGAUGGGGUGGAGAUUUGAGAGAGAAUGCGCACAUGUUCUAUGGAGAGAGAGGCUUGGAGGUAUUCCUGCACUUUAUAUACAAAAAUGUCAGCAGUUUUCAGAUUGAUAGCUGGUUACAAUAGCAAAACAGUUAGUGAAAACCCAUGUACAUUUUUAGUGAGCAAAGCUAUGGUGUGUGACAUUGAGUGAUUUAUUUCCGAGUUACUGUAAGUCUCAGUGGGCUAACCAGUCUACCACUAGCGACCCACUUCCCCUUUUGGAAGUGUCCCUAAACUUGAUUUCACAAGAUGGACAGCUUUAACGUGACUCAUUGCACAGCCUACAGAGAAGUUACUUUUAAGGAGAGAAAAUCAUGUAUUUAGUACUUAAAUGUAUAUAGCGUGCUGGUUUGAUUGAAAAAACACAAUGGUACGAAGGUCUACAAAUACUCAAACUUUACCCACUCCAAUAGGAGUAUGUCUUUGGUUUCUAUGGGGUAGGGCACAAUAUUAGUUGAUAUGGCAACAGGCCUUGGUUUUGACUGCUACUGCAUCAGCAAUCUGUCCCUGAACUAAUUACGCAUGUGUGCCGUUUGCUGUCGAUGCUGUACUGCUUGUGAUUGUUCAAUACAAAUCUUCAAAGACAUUGUACAAAGAUAAUCUGUAAUUUAUAUUAAGUGUGAAUAUUGAUAAAGUAUUCUGUAUGGUU